AUGGCACCAGGUAUCCUGGCUCCUGAGCCCACCUUCAAGGUGAAGGAGAUGGAUAAGACUGCCAAGGAGAAGCAUAAUUUUGGAGCGGUGAUCGAUGGCCUAGAUCUGAACAGCAUCAGUGACUCCGACGUCAAAGCGCUCUCAGGCGCGAUCUGGACACACAAGCUUGUUGUUGUUAAGGGUCAGAAGAACCUUGCACCCAUCAAGCAAUGGGAGCUUGUCACACGCUUCGAUCCUAAAGCACCACAUGUGCAUUCUCAUGGCGAUGUCAAGACCUUCCACAAACAGGGUGGGCUACUAUCGAGAGGUCGCGAUGUUGUCGGUAUACCCAGCGCAGAGAACGUUCGUCUAAUUGGCAAAGGCUACCAAGGAUCAGACCACUACGGCCUCAAAGAUGCAACCAUCAAAAAGGAACUCGCACACGCAUGGCACGACAAACCGCUUCCAGAUGAUGAGUACGCGCAAGGCCACACACGCUUCCAACGCUGGCACAUCGAUGCACCAUUAUACGCGCGUGAUCCGGCCUGGUUCACCACCCUUCGCUGCAUCAAGCGGCCCACAUCUCCAGAACUGACCGUACACUGGGACGACGACAGUGGCUUGACUAUGAAGACUGAACCCGGUCUGACCGCCUUCUUCAGCAACGUACAGACAUACGACUUGAUGACAGAGCAAGAGAAGAAAAUAGCUGAUCACUCAUGGGUCGAGUACGCCCCCCACCCUUAUCAAUGGAUGGGCGACUGCAAAGGCCAGUCCCACGGUCUAGGCCUGGUAAGUCAAGGUAAAGAGAAGUCAAUGGAAGACCUUGGACCCUACGACGAGAAAGACAUCAAGCGCUACCCGAUGGUCUGGGUGAACCCCGUAACAGGCGAGUGCGCUUUCAUGGUUCACGGCAUUUGCGUCCGGCGCGCAUUCGUUCGGUCUAGCGAAGACGAGGAACCAAGAGUCAUCGAUGACGUUGCCGAGAUAAGAGCGUGGCUCAAGCCCAUUCAAGAACGCGUACUCAGACCGGAAUACAUCAUGCUGCCGAAGGUAGAGGAGGGGGAUAUCAUCAUGUGGGCCAACUACCAGAUGUUUCAUACUGCCGUGGAUUACCCAGAUCAAUGGGGUGCGCGGACGAUGCAUCAGGCAAACAUCGGGGCGAGUAGUGGGCCGGUUGGGCCGGUGGCUAUUCCUGGUGUUGCAUAG